GAUAUAAAAUGCUAUACACAGCGACUCUUUCUCUCUCGUCGUGAUUUAGGGUUUUUCUUCUUCUUGUCCACCGAAGCUUGAGGGAGAGAGAGAAUUGAAACGUCGGGAGCAAUGGCGAGCACCAAAGUUCAAAGGAUUAUGACCCAACCUAUCAACUUGAUUUUUAGGUUUCUUCAAAGCAAAGCUAGGAUCCAGAUUUGGCUUUUUGAGCAGAAAGAUUUGAGGAUUGAAGGAAGAAUCACUGGGUUUGACGAAUACAUGAACCUAGUGUUGGAUGAAGCUGAAGAAGUGAGCAUCAAGAAGAACACCAGAAAACAACUGGGAAGGAUUCUUCUUAAAGGAGACAACAUAACGCUGAUGAUGAACACGGGAAAGUGAUGACUAUUCUCUCAAGAAAAACUCUCAAGGAUUAGUACAUGGGCUUUUCGAUUAUAUCCAAAGCUUUUGCCAAGUAUAUGUUGAGUUGAGCUCCUCUUCUUCUUCAGUUAACUGACAAUGCCUUCUUCUCUUCGUUAUCGUGUAAUAUUGCAAUUUAGUAAGUUAGUAGCAAGGUUUGAGAAAUUAUGGAGUUUGGUGGAAUCUUAAGGAUGGUAUCGCCUCUUUUUGGUUAAUGGAAAUUACUAUUUUCGGGAA